AUGAGUAAAUCUUCUAAAUUAUGUUGUAAGACUUCUUGUCCAACAGGCAAUAUAUUCUGUAGUCUCAUUGACAAAUUUGUUAAAAAACCAUCAGUGCAGCUUUUAUGUCAGUGGGGAUAUCAUUGUUAUGAACCUAGGAUUUACAGAACGCUAGCAAAAAUUCUAAGAUAUGUCGACUUGGAAGGAUUUGACAUACUACUCUCAGAUUAUAUUGCAUUUGUGGAAAAAUCAGGACACUGUUUUGAACCAAAUUUUAAUCUUGAAUUUAAUGAAAUAUGUGUGAAUACAAUUCUCUACUGGAUUUUUGCCAGAAAAGGUAAUCCUGACUUUGUUGAAUUGCUUCUCAAGAAGACAAAAGACUAUGUGCAAGACAGAAGUUAUAACUUGGCACUGAUAUGGAGAACUUUCACACCAGUAUACUGUCCAACUCCACUAAGUGGAAUUACACCUCUGCUUUAUGUGGCUCAGACUAGACAAUCCAAUAUAUUAAAAAUACUCCUACAAUAUGGAAUCUUAGAAAGAGAAAAAAACCCUACCAACAUCGUGUUAACAAUACUGCUCUACCCUUCAAGAGUAAGAAUAAUGGUUGAUCAUGAAUUGGUAGACAUUCAAGAAGAUGCCAAAACUUGUUUAACAUUGUGUUCCAGAGUACUUUCUGUCAUGUCAGUCCGGGAAAUAGAGACACAGCUAAGUUUAGGAAGACAUCCAAUUAUUUCCAAUUGGCUGGACUACAUUCCUUCAACGAGAUAUAAAGAUCCAUGUGAACUAUUACAUAUUUGCAGAAUGACCAUCAGGGCUCAACUAUUGACCAACAAUAUGCUCCCAAAUGGCAUAUUUUCACUUCUUAUUCCUACUUGUCUUCAGAACUACCUAAAUUUAGAAAAUUAG